GGCGAUUGAAAUCAUUAAUUAUCGCCGCCGCCGCCUCACGUCACCAUGGUUUAAAUUGUCUCCCCUGUCCCACACUCUCACGUCUAGUUAUUGUAGCUUGUCAGGUCCAGAGGACUUUCACUCCAGGACUCAUUUAAUUAGUUUUUACUCCUUAUGUUGUUGACUUGUUGACUGAUUGACCCGAGCGAGGAGCGCGUCCAUGAAGAGCCGCCGAGGAGGCAGAGAGCGGAGAGCCGGCUCCAGGGCGCCGGGGAGCGGGCAGGAGAGCUGUCCUUCACACGGUGGCCACCCCUACACCCGCCCGGCCGCUCCACCCCGGCCCAACAUACAGCCCCCGGUACCCAGGCACUGGACUGCCGCCAAGCUGAAGGCAGAGCUCACCGCCCUGCAGGUCCCUAUCCCGCACAACUAUAAGCAACGUCAACUAUACACACUCUUCAUCAACUCGACCAGAGCCUCGGGGUUAGCACACGACCCUGCUUUAGUUGAAAAUCAGAUCCAUUCUCUAGAUGCCAUCGCCUCCCGCGUGUUCCCGCCUGCUCCAGCCUCAAACACCGCGGCCAACAGCCCUGCACCCGACCUGGCUCUGGACUCAAGCGCUACUUCUGCAGAAAUUCAAGAUCAAAACAGCACCUCAACUUCCUCUGAUCUUCAAAGAUAAGACAGGCAAUGCCACCUCUUUGAUGGGAAUGUACCUGCAGCAAUCACAUUAAAGACUUUUAUACUCAAUGCAUGCAGGCUUCCAAGCUGUUUAUGUCAACUGCAAAGUUAAUUUAUUCAUUUGUCAAAGUGCAAGUGAAUAUGCCUCUCAAAUAUAAUUUAGAUAAUUUAAAGACACAAGGAAUUGCAGGCACUGGUUUACAACAGAAGACACAAAAUGCUGGAGGAACUCAGCGGGUCAGGCAGCAUCUGUGGAGAAUACGGAUAGGUGAUGUUUCACAGAGUGCUGGAGUAACUCAGUGGGUCAGUGAUGGAAAAAAUUAUGUAACUAUUUCCUUGUGUAUUCUAUCUGUGUCUGCACAAGAUUGUUUACCGAAACUGCCUAGGGCACAAGUAAUUGACAGGUCUCAGUCAAGAGAUUAAGAUUCUGUCACAGAACUUGCAGAACGACUAAUCUUGGUACCAAACAUUCCACUUUCCACUGUGUAAUAUUCCACAGCUAAAUGUUAUAUCCUUUGAAUUCUGAGUGUCCUUGUUCAUUACCAUUUGUCUGGAUGCUUUUUGUCUAAAUCAAUGUAUAAAAGAGAUGGUUUUCAGCGUUAGCUCAGAGAAGACUCCCACAGACACUUGGGCUCAGAGUGGACUCUCGGUGUGGAGCGGGUGAGCCCUCGCUGGGGCUCGCUGGAGGGGAGCGCUCUGUUUCGCUGGCCCGCGGCAGCCGGCAGCCUGAAACCGCGGUCUGCAGAGUUCCAGCUGGCGUGGUGUCUGCAGCCCGGGAUCCCUCGUGGGGGACCUGGGGGAAGAAGAAGCCACCACUGCCGGCCCGCGUCCAACUUCUACCGCGGGCCUGGCAUGGACUUACCAUCACCCCAGGAGGGGAACUUCGACACCCGGCCCUGCGGUCUACGGUGCUUCUGGCUGCGGCGCGGCGGGGACUUUAAAUCUUCGACCGCCGGCCUGUGGCCUACACCAUCCUGAAGCCGCAGUCUCUGGUGGGGAAGAGCCAACUAUGGACUGGCUCUGGACUCUGGUCCUGUCCACGGGGGGGAAUGGAGGAGGACUGGCCAAUUUUUGUGCCUUCCACCACAGUGAUGGAUGCUGUAGUGGAUGUUUGUGUUAAAUUUUUAUUGUGUAUUGUGUGUUCUUUCUCACUGUAUCGCUGCUGACAUAUUCAUUUCACUUACACUUUAUGUGCAAUGUGACGAAUAAACCCGUAUUGUAUUGUAUUGUAUUGUAUUGUUGCUCUGUGUGACUCUCUGUCUCACAAUAAAGUUCGUUCAGUUUCUACCUCUGUUUUUGUAAUAGUCUUUGUUGGAAAAUUUCUAACAGUCAGGCAGCAUCUGUGGAGAACAUGGAUAGGUGACGUUUCACAGAUUGCUGGAGUAACUCAGCGGGUCAGGCAGCAUCUGUGGAGAACAUGGAUAGGUGACGUUUCACAGAGUGCUGGAGUAACUCAGCGGGUCAGGCAGCAUCUGUGGAGAACAUGGAUAGGUGACGUUUCAC